GACAGCUUGGACUGACAAUCAGGUAUUUGUGUUCUCAGUUAUCAAUGUCACUGUGUAUAUAUUUUGAGUUUGCAUGUGUGUGAUAGUGUUUAUGUGCAGCCUGUUGAUAAAUGCGCAACGCGUUAUUUGCUUUUAUUUUGCUUGAAAUUUGUUUUCAUCAUUUGCAAUUUGAAAUCAAAAUGUCAAAUACUGAAGGAGCAACAGGUGAUAUGGGUGAUAAGAAAGAGUUGCAAGAUCUCAUCGAUUCAAUUAAUAGUAAACAACAGUUGAGAGUUUUGACAAAGGAAGAGUAUGACAGGUUAGUCAAUAAGGAACCCCCUGCAGGUGUUACAUUUCAACUCCCCACUAGUACACCUAAGGUUCAACUCAAGUUUGGUGAAGGAGCUAUUCCUAAAUUUGCACCCAAAGAAUCAUUACUUUCACCAAGGUAUUUUAGCCCAUCUGCUCUGUAUCAUGACCCAAAUCCUGCUCUGUGUCAGAUUCCCAACCCUAACUCUGUUAAACUACCCACAUUUAGUGGAAGUGAACCACUGCAAAAAGGAGAAGUAAGUUUUGAUGUGUGGUCUUAUGAAGUUAGGUGUUUGAAAAAUCAAUUACCUGAACAUGUUUUGUUACAUUCUGUUAGAAGUUCGUUAAAAGGCUUAGCCAGAGAGAUGUUAAUUCCUCUCGGAGAGUUUGCUACUGUCAAUGUUAUCCUGAUGAAGCUGGAAGAUUUCUAUGGAAAUGUCAGCACCGCAGAGAACAUCAUGCAGAACUUCUACAGUGAUCAUCAGAAAGAAGGUGAGAGCAUUGUUGCCUAUGGCUCACGAUUAGAACAAACUGUUUCAAAAGCUGUUAGACUUGGUCAUGUAGAUGUAGUAGCAAAAGAUUCUAUGCUAAGAUCAAAAUUUUGGUCUGGGUUGAGAAAUCCCCAGUUGAGAAAUGCAUCUAGAAAUAAAUAUGAAACUAUCAAAGAAUUUCAGACUCUGUUAAGAGAAGUUAGACAGAUAGAGCAAGAAGAAUUGAAUUUAGCUAUUGCUAAACCAGUUGAAUAUACAUGUAGUGCUGUAUCAACAAAUGAAGCUUUAAAUGUAGAGAAACAGCUUAGUGAAAUACUGAGUCAGAUGAAGAAGCUAGACUCUAGAAUGAGUAAAUUAGAACAAGAUCAAAAGGAUUUAACGAAUGUAGAAUAUUUUCAGACAUAUAAGCCGCAAGAGAACUUGAACAACACAAGAGGCAACUCCAGAAGCAGAGGAAAUUACAGAUACCAGAACUGGAGAGGAAGAGGAAAUUUCUCACAGCAGAACGGUAACAAUAGAGGUUAUGGUAAAAGCCAGAGAGAAUCUUUCUAUGAGUCUCUCAAACCUAUGCCUGAACUGUUAAGUUUGACAAACUUUGGGCCUAGUGUGAGAAGUGCCAAUGGCAGUGAACUACCAUACACAUGUUAUAUAGAGAUGCAAAUCAAUGUUCCUUGUAUGAAUGAAUUUUCAUGCCACAUUCCUGCUCUUGUUGGACUUGAAACAAAUUAUACAAAGAAUGUCCCUGUUAUCAUAGGUACUAACUUUACUCGUCUUUGCAGACAAAACUGUGAGAUGAUGUCUCAGACAUCAGACAUACCAGACGAGUGGCAGCUGGCAUUCAAGAGCAUGAACGAUGAGACACCGGUCAGGACAACAAAUAAACAUACCAUUACAGUUGCUCCAAAUGAGACCAAAGUCAUUAGAGGUAUUGUAAAAAAUGUAAAUAGUAUUGAUUGUGCAUUGACAGAACAAACUAAUACCAGUCUGUCUGGUGAUCUUGUCAUAUGUCCUAGAGUUAUUCCCCUUACCCAGGGUAAACACACAGUUACCAUUCCUGUUAGGGUGUGUAAUCUUUCUGUCAAAUCUGUUCAGAUACCUCCCAAAUCACUUUUAUGUUCUAUUCAUGGUGUAAAGGUACUAGUAGUAGAUUUUUGGUCUCCUGAAUCUCAAAACCCAGGUAAGAAGCCCAGAAAAUCUUUGGAGGAUUUGAAUUUACAGAUUACUGAGGAAAACCUUACUCCAGAUCAGGUAAGUGUAGCCAAGGAAUUUCUAGGAAAUUGA